UUGAGACAGUUCAGUCUUUGUCUCUAAUUUCACUUUCCUGGUGUCAUGUGUGGAGUAUUAGGAGCAGAUCCCUUUUCAUCCUGGAAUUUGGAUCAUUACAUGCUGGCAAUGAAUAACUCUGUUCUUCUGGAAGAAGAACUGAUCAAAAAAUCUCAGCAAAAGAGAAGGACCUCCCCUUCCAACUUUAAAGUUCGAUUCUUCGUCUUAACAAAAUCAAGAUUGGCAUAUUUUGAAUGUCGGCCUGGGAAAAAAAGAAUUCUAAAGGGUUCAAUUGAACUAUCCAAAAUUAAAUGCGUAGAACUUGUAAAGAGUGAUAUCCCAGUUCCAUGUCAAUAUAAAUAUCCUUUCCAGAUUUCUCAUGACAACUAUAUGCUCUACAUCUUUGCUCCCAACCUAGCAAGCUGCCAGAAAUGGGUCAUGGUUCUGAAAGAAGAAACUAGGAACAACACAACUUUGGUGUCAAAGUUUCACCCAAAUUUCUGGAUAGAUGGACGAUGGAGAUGUUGUGCUCAGCUAGAAAAGAUGGCAACAGGCUGUAUGGAGUACAUUCCAUCAUUUUCUGCUUUUAAUAUGUCUUUCUUUAAAAAAACAAAACAGAAAUCAUCACUAGAUACCAAGGAAUCUUCAGUCAUUGCCAUUUAUGAUUAUACUGCUCAGAAUCCUCAGGAACUGACAUUACGAUGCAAUGAGGAAUAUUAUGUUAUUGAUAGCUCCGAAGUCCAUUGGUGGUUGGUUCAGGAUAAGAAUGGGCAUGGAGGAUAUGUACCAAGCAGCUACAUAGUAGAAAAAUCACCAGAUAAUAUUCAAAUAUAUAACUGGUACAACAUGAAUAUCAGCAGAACCAAAGCAGAAGCAAUGCUCAGGGAAGAGAAUAAAGAAGGAGCUUUCAUGGUGAGAGACUCAAGGCAGCCUGGCACCUAUACAGUCUCUGUUUUCACAAAAGCAUUAAACAAUGACAAUAGCCCUGUUAUAAAACACUAUCAUAUCAAGGAGACUAGUGACAAGCCCAGGAGGUAUUACUUGGCAGAGAAACAUGUUUUUGAUUGUAUCCCAGAAUUGAUCAACUAUCAUCAGUAUAAUGCAGGAGGUCUUGUUACUCGGCUGAGGUAUGCUGUCUCCACCUGGAGAGAAAAAGCUCCUGUUACAGCUGGAUUAAGUUAUGGCAAAUGGAUUAUUAAUCCACAAGAACUAACAUUUGAACAGGAGAUUGGUGUUGGUGAGUUUGGUGUGGUUCAUCUUGGCUACUGGCUUGAUCGGAUGAAAGUGGCCAUAAAGACAAUUCGCACAGGAACAAUGUCAGAAGAAGACUUUAUUGAAGAGGCCCAAGUCAUGAUGAAACUAUCUCAUCCCAAAUUGGUCCAGUUACAUGGGGUAUGCCUGCAAAAUUCUCCUAUAUGUCUAGUAUUUGAGUUCAUGGAGUUUGGAUGUUUAUCUGAUUAUUUGAAGAAGCAACGUGGAAGCUUAUCAAAGGAAGAACUUCUUGGAAUGUGUCAAGAUGUGUGUGAGGGAAUGGCUUAUCUCGAGGAGGCAUCUGUCAUUCAUAGAGAUCUGGCUGCUCGAAACUGUUUGGUGGGCGAAUUUCAAGUUGUCAAAGUUUCAGAUUUUGGAAUGUCACGGUAUGUUCUUGAUGAUCAAUAUACCAGCUCCAUGGGUACUAAAUUCCCCAUCAGAUGGUCAGCACCAGAGGUAUUUUCCUAUAACCGCUAUAGCACCAAGUCAGAUGUAUGGUCAUUUGGAGUAUUGAUGUGGGAGGUAUUCACUGAAGGCAAAACUCCUUAUGAGAAUCGGACAAAUGCUGAGGUGGUAGAAGAAGUCAGUGGUGGCUUCCGUUUGUAUAAACCCAGAAUUGCUUCCAAUACCAUUUAUAAACUUAUGCAACACUGUUGGAAUGAGAAGCAAAACGAUAGACCGCCUUUUUCUCUCCUGCUCUACAAUCUCAAUGAAAUUUCUGAUUCUGAUCAUUAAGAAUUAGUGGAUUUGAGAGGAUACAAAAACAUACAUGUUUGUAAUCAUUGGGAAAAUAUAUUCAUAAUCUGCAUCUUGAAGGAGUAAUACAACUGCUACUGAGAUACUAAGAAGACUCUUGGCCUUCUGAAAGAAUUGAGAACCAAGAAAGUGGACAGUACAAGAUACAGAAAAACAGUCUGGUGUGCUGUUCCCAUGACUGUUUCCAUUUCAAAUAAUGGAUAGAGAUGAUAAUGAUAACAAUAGCAGUAAUGAGCUGAAGAGAUCUGUUAGAGACCCUAACAGGGGAAAUUAUUUAAUGAAACUACGAUACAGAUCCUACAAGCUUGCUUAAAGCUGAAAGAAAAUAUUCAACUUAUUUGUAAAUGAACAGUUUCAAUAGCAAAUUGAAUAGAUUGAAUGGAGACAG